AUGGCCGCCAUUCGUCGGCUCGCCCGCGCGGGCAGCCUCGCCGAAAUCGACGCGACCCUGGCGCCGCUGGUCCCCUCCCACACCGUCGGCGCGCUCUCCGCCCUCUCCUCCGUCGGCCUCCCCGAACGCGCCUCCGCGCUGUUCGGCACCAUCCCUUCUCCCACCGCCGCGCACCUCAACGCAGUCCUCAGCCCGCUCCUCCGCCGCCGCCGGCUGGCGGGGCUCGUGCCAUCCAUCCUCGCCGCGCACGCCUCCAUCCCGCGGGACGCCUUCACGGACAUCAUCAUCGCCAAAUCACUCUGCCUCACCUCCGGCGCUUACUCCGCGCUCCACCUCCUUCGGGAGCCGUCGUCGGGGGCGCCUCCGUCGCUCCAGCUCUUCACCACCCUCAUCGACUGCUUCUACAAGCAGCGCCUCCCGCACCGCACCGAGGAGCUGUGGCGCGCCAUGGUGCAGGACCACGGCAUCACCCCCGAUACCGCUGCCUACAAUGUCCGGAUCACCUACAAGUCCGCCAACGGCACGGUGGACGAGGUCAAAGAGCUGAUCCGCGUCAUGCGCGAGGAGGCCGGGCUCCAGCCGAACGUCGUCACCUACAACGCGCUGAUGCGGGCGAUGGCGCGGGUCAAGAGGGUGGACGAGGCGGUGGAGGUGUACCGCGGCCUGGAGGCCAGCGAGGUGGCGCCCGACUGCGCGACGUACACAUGCGUGGUGGGCGCGCUGUGCGGCGGGGCGGUGGUCGGAGGCGGAGGACGUGAUCAGUGGUGGCUCCGCCACUAG